ACCAUUUCUAACUCUGUCUAUUUGAAGAUAACGAUCUAAAAUUCUCCUAUCUGAAAUCAUCAAAAAACCAAAAACAACAAAUUCAGAUAAUUCCCUCUUUUGGACCUCUCCUGCUGUUUCAUAGCCUAUAAUCACUCAUUCUUCAAUCUUCUUCAUGAACAAAAUCAGGAUUUCAGUUUCAUUGAUCCAAGAAAAUUAUUUGAUGUUUCAUAGAGCCAGUCUGUUGACUUGUACACUAUAUAGCAUUCUUUAUGUUUCAAGAUCUUGAGUUUCUCUGAUCACUAUUUUUUCAAGAAGAUGGCAGAGUUGAAAUCUGGGGUUCUUGUGAAGUUUCUUCAAGAAAUGGAUGUUGAUGGAAACACAAUACGCGAUUGUAAGCCCGUGUUGUUACAGAUUAGAAGUAUAAUUCCUCUGUUAAGAGAAGGUAAUCUUUGGCCUAAUCAAGGAUUCUUUUUGAAGAUCUCGGAUUUGACACAUGCAUUGUAUGUUUCAUUGCCUCAAGAACAAGAUGAAUUGAUUCUAUAUGACAAAUUGCAUCUUGGGCAAUUCAUGUAUGUGGAGAAAUUGGAGGCUGCAUAUCCAGUUCCAAUGCUCAGAGGCAUUAAGCCUCUUCCAGGAAGGCAUCCAUGUUAUGGGAAUCCUAAAGAACUUCUCUCGAUUGAUAAUUUGAAAAAAUUUCUUGGUGUAUCCAGUUUGGAAACUAUGGUUGAGGAUUGCAUUGAGGUACCGAAGAAGACAGAAACGGAAAAGCCUAGAUCUUUAAGUGUUCCGAAAGUAAGUGCAUAUGAGGGGACAGGUUAUAAAACCGGGGGCCCUAAUUGCAUUACUGAUCAAGGUGGUAGUGAUAUGGUAAAGAAACCAGGCGUAGGAUCUCGCUCCAUUAGUGCUUCAAUAAUAAGCUCACGUGAAGGAAUGCCUAGAAGGGCACCGAAUUACAGGCCUCACAAGGUAGAAGUUGAGAGUGCCUUGAGUCACAGGCAUAAAAAGAGUGGUGCUGGAAGCAAUUAUAAGGGACUUGCGAGACAUAAAUCCACGAAUGCUUAUGAAGAUAGUGAUAUGGAAAGUACAAUGUCAUUCAACUCUACAUCAUCAACAUUCAAGAGAAGAAGCUGGCAUGGUAGGGAAGCUCCAGCAAUUGAUAUUUCUGACACCCCUAUUGACAAGAAUGAUUUCGGGAUUGAUACUAGAAGCAGCAGACUUUCUAUUUCGCCAAUUAAUUCGUUGAAGUAUGAUAGCUCUGAUGACAAUUCAAGCUCCAGAUCGAAAAGAACAGUUGUUAGUUUAUCCACAAAAUCAUCCAAGAUAUCCAGCAAGGGUAGCCGUAUCUCAGUGCCAGGAAAAAUAAGUGAAGAUUAUGUUGAUAGAAAAGUGAAUUUCAGUUCGUUAAGCAAUAAAAACUCAGCAGGCACUAACAUAUCAUGCGAUUUCCUUCCCUCUACUCUGGUGAAACUUGGCCAGGAGGUGUCAAGACAAAGAGACAUUGCUCUGCUUGCUGCUGUUGAAACUUUGCAAGAGGCUUCUGCUGCUGAAAGAUUGCUCAAAUGCCUAAGCACAUACUCCCAGCUUCUGAAGGCGAAGGGGAAUGAUCAGCAACUAUCAGUUGACAAAUUCUUUACUCUUCAAGAUGACUUGACUAAUACCAGGUUAAUUUUGCAUUCACUAACGAGUAUUGGUCAGCGAAGAACAGCUGAUACCGAUCCAAAUGCCCCUAAUGCUGUUGGGGAAGCACUAAGACUCGCAUUAGACAGAAAGCAAAACGCCACUUCAUGGACUAAAGCUGCCGUGGCAUCAGAUCUCAACCUUAUUUCUGAUCACAGCAAAACCAAAACUCUUUUUCUAGAGGCUACGAGUGCAGAAAAAUCAUCAACUAAAUCCAUUCGUGGCAAACGUAAAGAGGGAUUGUCUAGGAAACAGGUAAGCAAUGAUGAAUUGUAUGCUGGGUUGGCACUUGACAUGGACAAGCAACCAGAUUGGGUGAAAGGGAGUGUUUCACCUGUAUGUGCUGAACUAGCAAAUUCCUUGAACGAUGAAAGUAGAACAUGGUUUUUGAGUAACCUUGAGGAAUACUUAGAUUGGGUCAGUAGCAAAACAAAUUCCAGAAAGUCUGAUAGCCAGGUAGCUGAAAUGAUGUUCAUGAUCAAGAGAGUGAAUGACUGGGUAGAGAACGUGAGACGCAAAGACGGUUCCUCAUUGAAGGAUUCUGAAUUAGAAGCUUGCGGGAGGGUGAGGAACAAAAUAUAUGAAAUACUGUUGAAGCACGUUGAGAGAACCUGUCAAGAAUCCAAUGGUUGAUCCCGGCGAGAGACAUUAGCGACGAGGUUAGCUUGUACGCAACAGUUAGAAGAUCUGUACUGAGAUUUUCCCAGUUGCAGAAGUACUAUUCCGCCACUAAUGUACGGUGUUGUGCCCAUGGAGGCAGAGACUAACAGGCAAGAGAAGAGGGGCGGUUCCUCAUUGUUUUCAUUAAAUUCACAAUAGUCCUUAAUAGUCUUAUAAGUUCCCAAACCCC